UGGAUUAUUUCUUCACAGAUAGCAAGAUUUUCCGAGGAAGACAUUCAUACAUAACGUAUCGGACGCAGUGAAAGUCAUUUGGAUAGCAGCAUUAUAUCUUUAUGGUGAAUUUAAUAAUGGACUCUCAGAUAUGUUUGGAGUAUAUAUGACAGACCUCUGACAGAUAAGAAUUGAAACGAAAGGAGAGGAACGCCAGUGGCAGAAGCAAUCAGUUGAUUAUCCAAGAACGACAUGGACUUGUUUAUCUUUAAAAAAAUGUCAACAGACUUUGCACGAUGCCGCUUCUUUAUAGCAAUAUAUUGACCAGGCUUUUAUAUGGCUUGGAUAGUAAUUAAAAAAUUAUAAUAUUUGUCAAGUGAAAUUGGAUUAAUGUUCUCUUUACAACAUACAGUUUAAGAAUUCAGAUAUUUUUUAUCGUAUUUGCAAAAAAAAAAAUAUAGAAAAAAAGAACUGGUGAACUAGUAUUUGUUUACACCAAGCGAACCAGCAGACUCUUCUUUCUGAUUUAGUACACACAUUUUUUGGGAAGUAAUUUUUCCCAAGACGGCAUUACAAAAAGACAGUACAUGGAUAUAUUUUAUUAUGGUGUAAAAAGAUGGCAAUAUGGAUGAUCUUCAAUCAACAAGUAGAGAUUUCCCGAAACAAUCAUGGUCACAUGACCAUUUUAUUAGGGAAAAUGGUUCUUUACAAAGAAACACGACGUUUUCUUUGGACAAUUAUACGCUUCAUCAUGCUCAAUAUAGCGAUUCGAUGAAAUUUCUAGUGGAUUUUAUAUAUGUUUUAGAUGAGUUUGGAGUACCUACGCUACUCACAGUUGGAGUUAUUUUUAAUUUGAUACUCUCUAUCACCAUUCGGAACUCAGAACUCAAAAAGGUUGCGGCUUGCUGUUAUUUCUUCUCAAUUGGUAUCGUCGAUACGUUGUAUCUUAUUGCCAUGGCGAUUCCUUGGGUAUCAAUCCGUGUGGUAGAUAUUUAUAAUACAGAAGGAUUUUGCCAGAUUGUUUAUUAUCUAAACCUUUUAACAACAUUUUUGUCUAGUUGGUUUAUAGUAAUGCUGCUAAUUGAACGGCUUUGCUUUUGUUAUAGACCAGACACGGCUGAAAAAUAUCUGAACGCUUUCAGAACGAAAUGUUACAUCACUGUCAUUUCUGUUUUCUCUGUGGUUGGACACUUAUAUCAUACAUGGACAAGUGGAGUAUAUGAUAUCCAGGGAACAAAUAUUUGCAUGUUAAUAUACGAACACACCAAGGACAUUAUGAUAAUGAGAAAAAUUGAUACUAUCUUGGCAUUUAUUCUCCCUGUAGCAUUGUGCUUAUUUUUUAUUUUGCCUUUACUAACGUUUCUCUGUGCCUCUAAUAUGAAAUGUAACGAUGGUACAUUGACGGUAAAAACUCGAAUGGUGACUCUAGAAGUAAAAUUGAACUCGAAAAAGAUGGCAAAGUAUACAGAAUGUCCCUCAUGUUCAAGUGCGGCUAAUUAUGACAAACUGUUACGGAAAAGGUUGAGAAUGGUAUCUCAGAGCAAGCGGUUGACUCUGGUGUCUGUGAUAGUAGCUUUGGUCUAUGCGUUUUUGUUUAUACCACACAGUGUCAUAAAAUCACGUGUAACUUUCCUAAAUGGUGAUUAUCACGUAACAUUUGAAGACGCACUUUUUCUCAAACUGUUUGAAGAAUUGUUUAAAAUCAACUUUGCAUAUAAGGCGCUUGUGUAUUUUACACUGUUACCGGAAAUGAGGAAAAAUCUUAUAAAAGCUUUUAUUCCUAGUUGUAAAAAGAAAAAAACAUUCGAAUAUGAGCAAAAAAGUUUAGAAACACAGUUGUGACGCUCAUUGUUAACCUCUUCGACAAUAGUUUCAACAGGAUCCUAUAAAAUUGGACUGUUCCGUUUCUUUCCUUUUAUAUUGACGUUCGAACAGUUUAUAAGAUAUCGAAAGUGGUAAAUUAAAAGAGUCCAUGAAAUUUCAAUAGAAUACAGAACUUUAUAGAUUGUGUUGAUUUUUUUACACAGCAGUAUAUCGUUUCUGGUGAUACUAUAGGUCAAUUUGAUUGUUUACUAGUUGUUCAAAUACUCUUAAGAAAUAAUUAUCAAAAUUAUGAAUACUGAAUUUUUUUAAGAAAAUUGACCUAUUUAUUGUAAAGACAAAACGAUUUGAUGCUUCAAUUUUUAAAGAUAUCUGCUUGCGAAAGCAUCUUUUAAAAAAAAAUAUUAAUGUGCCGUUUUCCUUUCAGUUUCACUUACAAUUUGAAAUUCUUCAUUUAGUAAUGGUAAAUAAGUUUCAGUAAAAGCCCAUUAUACUAAAGGUUCAAUGACACCACCGGAGACAAUAAUUAGCUAUCUUGUUAUUUUGUAGUAUUUUGCAAAUACAAUUCGCGAUUCUAUUUGGCUGUUUUCUAUGUUCAUUUACAAACCAAUUAAACUGGAGUGAGUAAUAUUUGUCCACUGAAGCUUUGUAGAUAAGACAAUCGUUGUUGUACAGGAUAUUCAAGCUUUUAUAUUACAUGUAUUUGCUGUAACAAGUAGACGUUACUCACCUAUAUUCACUAAAAUGCUUGUAUUGAAAGAUAUAUCCUUUGGAUGAUGUUUAGUGUUCGUUUUUAAAUCGAUUAAAGUAUAAUUGUGUGACAAUUAACAUAUCGAUGAAUUUAAUCAUGUUUUGAUGCCUGUACAUGUUUUGAUGCCUGUACGGAAACUAGAUGCGUGAGUUAAUUAAGUUUCCUGAUUUUGGGAUAUCAGAAGAAACAUUUUCUUUAAGACUGAACAAAGCAAUAAAAUGCAAACACAUACAUCACAAGUCGAGCUGAUAUAAUGCGAAGAAAUGUACUGGCAAAAAAUAAAUCGUUUAUUUAUAUAGUAGUUACGUGCUUGUUGUAUAGGGAUUACUUCUCACUGUCUGUCUGUCUGUCUGUCCGUCUGUCUGUCCGUCUGUCUGUAAAUCAUGAAUAUUUAUAAGGUCAAAUUUAAACCCACAAUUCAGGAAAUUAAUUAAUAAAGCGGACUGGUAGUGUCGUAAUAAAAUGAAUAUUAAUGAGGCCAAAAAAAGUUUGAUAAGUAUUCAUCCGUAGCUGUUUUGCAGAAAUUAGAAACAUUCUCCGGUCGCUAUCGCUCCCGUCGAAGUUUCUAAUUUCUGUAUGAACACGAACAUAUACAUAGCGACCGCAAACAUUUAAUAGACAAUGCUGAAAGCUCAAUGUUUUGGGCUGAGGUUACUAUAAUUCUAUAAGAUCCGAAGUAUAAGGUGCUAUUUCCUAUACUUUACUUGCAUUAAUAAGAACAUUAUGGAAAAAAAUAAAGGAGGAAGGAAAUUAUAUUUUUGAAUAAGAAAGUUUUAAGUAAAAACUGUUUUGUAGAAUAUUCCUCGCGGCCACACGCUGCUAAAUGUAAGCUGUCCGAUAAAAGCAUAAUUGAUAAUGCCCGCUCAAGUGGUCACUAUACCCUUUGCUGGACCGCUUACGUCAUCGUGAAUAAUAUACUAUAUAAAAGCCCGCUGACACUUCUUAUUUCUUUAAUUAAAGUUAUGAUGCUUUGUCCAAUACAUUAGAAUAUUCAAUUACCUUCAUAGAGGUUUCACUUGUGUUUAAUUACAUAUAUUUGCAGCGUGUCUUUAAAUGUGACCUUGGUCUUGUCUAGGUAAAGCAUGUGCUCUCUUAUA